CACCGCUGAAGAAGACCGCGUGCUUCUUUGCAGGGUGAAUUUAGCUUCUGGACGAGGUUUGCUAGUAGCCACCCCGCUAAUUCUUCGCCAUCAUGUCCGUCGGAGGUCUCAUUCGAGGUCCGGCUGGGAGCAACGAUUGUCGGAUAUACGUCGGGAAUCUGCCCCCGGACAUCCGAUCGAAGGAUGUCGAAGAUUUGUUUUACAAAUACGGAUUAAUCCGAGACAUCGAUCUGAAGAACCGCAGAGGAGGACCUCCGUUUGCCUUUGUGCAGUUCGAGGACCCGAGGGAUGCUGAGGAUGCAGUCUACGGGCGUGAUGGCUAUGACUAUGAUGGCUACCGGCUGCGUGUUGAAUUCCCAAGAAGCGGACGCGGAGGGGGUGGGGGAGGCGGUGGCGGCGGUGGGGUUGGGCCAAUGGGACCACCGAGGGGGAGGUAUGGUCCCCCCUCUCGGCGCUCAGAGUACAGGGUUAUUGUGUCAGGUCUUCCUCCUAGCGGGAGCUGGCAGGAUCUGAAGGACCACAUGCGAGAGGCAGGUGAUGUAUGUUAUGCUGAUGUGUACCGCGAUGGCACUGGAGUUGUGGAAUUUGUACGCAAGGAAGACAUGACCUACGCUGUCCGUAAACUGGAUAAUACCAAGUUUCGCUCUCAUGAGGGUGAGACAGCCUACAUCCGCGUGAAGACGGACGGGCCUCGCAGCCCCAGCUACGGCCGCUCCCGCUCUCGCUCUCGCUCCCGCAGCCGCAGCAGGAGCCGGAGCAAAAGCGGCUCUCGCAGCUGCUCUCCGCGGCGCAACAGAGGAUCUCCACGUUAUUCUCCUCGGCGCUCGCGCUCCAACUCCCGGUCUCGCUCCCGGUCCCGGUCCCGGUCCCGCUCUCGCACAUAGACCCAGCUGAGCUUUAACAAACGUGACGUUGUUCUUCAGAGAAGAUGGGAAGCUUCACGUCACUUAGUGAAUUCUGAAGACUCACCUGGAAUCAUCUCAUGUGUCACGUGUGUUCGCUGUCAUGUUCUGUUCUUCCCUCUAAGUUUUUGUUGCAGUUUAUUUUUUUUGGUUCUAAUUUUUGCAAAACGUACAUUGGGUCUUCCUUAUUGAUCCACCUUCACGUUGUUUUUUCCCCUCUUUCCCUCCUACCCCAAAUCUUUGUUCCCUUUACCCCCCACCCCCCCCCCCCCACCCCUUUGUGUCUUUCCUCUCUCGUCAUUGUUGAAUGUUGUGUGGUUGGUUUGAUUUUCAGAUUUUUUUUUUGUUCUUUUUCUUUUACUUCUUUCAAACAUGUAUUCUGUCCUUUUGACCUUCUUGUGUUUCUCUGUACAGUUCAGAGGAACAGGAUAGGAUGGGAUCAGAGGAAUCAGUUCAUAUUAGGAUAAACAGGAGGAGGAGGAGGAGUCAAAUGUGGCACCAAUGGUAUGAUGGCUGUGCCUUGUCAACUGUGAAAUCUGCAUUAUUAGGCAUUUCUAAUAUACACUUACCAUUUGAGUACCCUGGUUGAAUGUUUUCAGUAGUACCACUCUUCAUGUGGUAGCCCAAAGCUUUCUUAUCUUUAAUUAUCCAAGCUAACUUGGUUGUAUUUUGGAGCUUGAUUAUAGUCGGUGUCCCUUAUUUUUAUUUUUUUUUCUCAGAUUAAACACCCUGGUAGCUGCAUUUUACUGAUAUUUCUUGAAGUAUCUUGUGAAGGUGUGAUUCUAACUCGCCUCCUUCUCUUUGAUUCUGCUGGUAUUCUGAAGGUUUGGACUGGGCUCAGUGUCUCACCAUUCCGGAGCCGGAUCACGAUUCAGGAUCAGAUUAGGAUUAGGCUUCAGGAUGGAUACAUGGAGCCCGCCACCUGGCCCUGUCCACAUUACCUCCCCCCGUCAAACUGGAAACAUUUUAGUAAGAUACUCAAAAAAAAUUGGCCGAUGAAAUUUUCCAAAUUGCUUUUUCUACCGUUUGGCGUGGAACCUCAGAGACGUAAUCGCUGAUGGCUCAGUGACCAGGAAUUAUUUUUCAAAUUUUUGUUUUUGAAAUUACAACUUAAAACAAGCGCAAAGCUCGGAUGAAAUCCAGGAGGAGGGCUGGGAGGUGCAGGAUGGAUCCACACGCGUAAGGAGAGUGGUAAAUAGUGGGGCAACAUUAACGGUGGCGGAGGGAGGGAGGGAGGGCGAUCUGGGAGGCAACGAGGGAGUGUGUCCUUAAUGUGGUUUGUAUCUUUUUUCAUAGGUCAGUCUUUUCCAAUGUUAACUGGGUUCUGAUUUUCUUACAUAUAAUCUUCAGUAUUUGAAAGCUUUAUUCUCUUUUAAUAAAAUGUUGGGGAAAAAAACGAGCGAUUUG